AUGUCCCUAUCGUUUGAUCUUUGCAUUGAAGAAAUCACCCGAUCGAUAGACUCGUUAUCUACCUUAUAUUUCAAGCCACCAGGGAUAUUUCACAAUGCUGUAGUGCAUCAUGACGAGAGCGAAGGCUACAGUUCUAUUAUAACCAAGCUAAUACGGGAUUGCAAUCCAAAAGAGGAGCUCUCUCUUUUCAAAAUGGAUACCCAAAAACGAGUUCACACCAGGAAGGAUGGAAGGAGCGGUAUUUUGGAUUUCCUGAUCGAACGAGACACUCAUCUUAAAAGAGCUCGACGCCUGGGGCUACCUGACCAGAAACCAAUCAUCUAUGUACCGAAGGAGUUCUAUCUGAAACAACAUGACGAAGUCCUGGCAAAAAAGCGGAAAACUGUGAAAGGCUUCAGCUUUGAAGUUGAUUCUGCGGCAGAUGCCGACAAAUACAACCCAAAUAUCUACGGUCUGCUCUUCUCGAAGUUCGAUGACCCCAAUGUGAUCAGCCUCAUUCGUGCUUUGCAAAAUGGAAGCGUUACGGUGGAUGCCAGGGAAGAAAGUAGCCGAAGAAAGACAAUGUUUGUAGAGGAUUUCCCUACAGAGGCAAUGCUACAAGUGCUUUUCGAGAUUUCAAACCAGUGGCCAUUGGCUGAGUACAAGCAGGCGUACUCUCGUUGCUUGAAUGACUAUAAAGACAUCAGCACAGAGAUUGAAACACUGAAAGAUGAGAUACGAACGCAAGAAGAUCAGCUACAAGCGCUUGCCAAGAAUAUUCCAUCCUCUUCCCAUGUGGUGACUCGAUUGAUCGAAAAAGAGAAGAAAGACAUUGAAGCCCUGGAGCUGCAACUUAAAGAGGCCCCAGAACAAUCUUGA